AUGCAUGCAGUCCUAGAAGUGUCUAAUCUGGCCAGACUGCAGAGCAGCAGGCGACGGCUAACAAGGGAGACCGAGUGUGAGCAGUGGACAGACAGCCAAACUGAUGAGGACAGUGACACAGAGGAGAUCCUGUAUGGAAUCCAUGAGAGCUGUGCCACUGACCUGUAUCACCACCCCCAGCUGGAUGCUGACAUACAGGCUGUCAGGACUUUGUAUUCAGACUCUGCAGUCUUUAUCAGGGAGUAUGGGUCAGUUGAUGGUGUGGAUGUUGACUUAAACAUAAAUAUCAACUUUCUGGAUAAGGAAGUGGCCAAAGCCUGGAGGAUUAAUCCAUCAGAGCCCAUUGUCAUCCGUCUACACUUCUCUCUGUCUCUGUAUCUAGACGGACCUGCACCUUCAGUUGAAGUCUUUCAACCAUCCAACACAGAUAAUUUCAGCCUUGGGAAGCAACUACAGAACAUCCUCACAGUCUUCUUAUCUCGGGAGUGGAAACAUCUGACCAAUGAGAACAUCGUCCAACAGAAGAGCAGACAAAACUGGUUCAGGCCAAGUGGAACCAUCAAGAAAGUUCGUGCAAGACUCAGCAUCUGGCUCCCACUGUCAAAGUCCAAUGAACUCCAGGAGCCUACUGUGAAAGAAAGGAUCCUUUUACCAGCAAUGAAACAGAACCGUUUCGUGAAUCGUACGACCUCCUACGCCAUCAAGAAUCCCACAGGAGAGCUCUUUACCUACACACCCAGUGGAAAGAGGGUGAUGGUGUCAGCAGUCAAGUCAUCAGCGCAGCUCAGUACCAAACAGCUGAUAGAGCUGCUUUUCUCCUCCCAGGCCAUCGGGCACUGUAAGACCACCCCACCUCUGCAGCAUGGCUUCUUGGUACAGAUAAUGAGGUAUGCUGAGCAGAGAAUCCCCACACUGAAUGAAUACUGUGUUGUCUGCGAUGAGCGACACGUCUUUCAGAACGGCCCCAUGUUAAAGCCAGCAGUUUGCACCAGAGAGCUUUGUGUGUUUUCCUUUUAUACACUGGGGGUUAUGUCUGGAGCUACGGAAGACGUCGCCACAGGUGCAGAGGUAGUUGACCUGCUGGUGGCCAUGUGCAGAGCCGCUCUUCAGUCUUCACGCAAGAGCAUCAUAUUUGAACCGUACCCUUCUGUUGUUGACCCGCACAACCCCAAAAUCCUGGCAUUUAGUCCCAAGAAAAAGAGCUAUGACCGGCUGCAUAAAGCUCUGGACAGUAUCUUGUUAAUCAGGAGGAUGGCACAGGGUCCAUAUUCUGAAAUAAAGAAGCAGAUGGACAAGAUAGACCCACUCGCACAUCCCUUACUGCAGUGGAUUUUAGCAAGCAACAGAUCACACAUUGUCAAGCUUCCACUGAACAGGCAACUUAAGUUCAUGCACACGCCGCAUCAGUUCCUCCUGAUCAGCAGCCCUCCGUUCAAAGAGGCUCGUUUUCAAGCCGCCAGGAAUCUUCAUGGCAGCACCUUUGCUUUCCAUGGUUCCCACUUUGAAAACUGGCACUCCAUCUUGAGAAAUGGGCUGGUUAGCGCCUCUUAUACAAAAUUACAGCUUCAUGGAGCCGCAUACGGAAAAGGCAUCUAUUUGAGUCCUAUCUCGAGCAUAUCAUUUGGAUAUUCUGAGAUGGGUAAAGGGCAGCACCAAUUACCCACCAAAGAGGACCUCAUAAAGAAAUACAAUCAAACAAACAAAAUCAAACAGGAACAGCCGGGUCAACACAGGUUUCUGCAGAACAGGAACCUGAACUGCAUUGCCCUCUGUGAAGUGAUAACUUCAAAGGACCUUCAGAAGCACGGGAACAUCUGGGUGUGUCCGAUAUCUGACCAUGUGUGCACACGUUUCCUCUUUGUGUAUGAGAAUGGCCAGGUGGGAGACAUCCACAUCAACACUCAGGAAGCAAAGAUCCACAGGGAAAUUUUACAAGUAAUUGCUUCAAAGCCACGCUGAGGCUGUGAGUCAAGAAGAAAAUAUGUCUUAGUUCCUUUGUGGCUAGAUUCAUUACUUUGGGCUUUUGCUGGUUUGACACCAAGUGAACAUAAAAAAUGAGCUGCUUUUACCAGUUGUAAUAACAUCAGAUGAAACUAAUUUGUAGAGUCAUGCGCCU